AUGAACAGAAUCCCAUCUAUUGGUCUUGGAACAUGGAAAGCCCCACGCUCAGAAGACUUAUUUAAUGCUAUUUUAUAUGCUGUGAAGGAAGCAGGAUACUGCCAUAUUGAUUGUGCUGCUGCAUAUCAAAAUGAAGACGUUGUUGGUGAAGCGUUGCAGAAGAUUUGGGCUUCUGGUAUAAAGAGAGACCAGAUAUGGAUAACAUCAAAGCUCUGGAAUACUAAGCAUAGGCCAGAAGAUGUUGAAGCUGCUUGCCGUAAGACGCUUGCUGAUCUUCAGUUGGACUACUUAGAUUUGUAUCUCAUGCAUUAUCCAAUUGCUUUCCAAGCUGGUCCAGAAAAGUUCCCAAGAAAAGAUGGAGUUUUGCAAUGGGACGAUAGCUGCUCAUUCAUUGAUACAUGGAAAGCUAUGGAGAAACUCGUUGAGAAAGGAUUAGUAAAAAGGAUUGGUGGAUCAAAUUUCACCAUUAAUGAGCUCGAAAGAUUAAAAUAUUCAGAUGCCAAAUUGAAACCAUAUGUCAAUCAAGUCGAAUACCAUCUUUACAUGCAGCAAACAGCUCUUAGAAGAUAUCUUCACGAAGAAGGAAUCAUUUUGACCGGAUAUUCAACACUGGGAACUGCUGGUCUUAAGAAAGAAGGUGCACCAGUAUUACUUCAAGAUGAAGAACUUGUUAGAGUUGCCAAUGAGUUGAACAGAACAACAGGCGAAGUUGAAUUAAAAUUCCUAUUAACAAUUGAGCCUGGAGCAUCACUUCUUGCCAAAUCUAUCACUCCUGAAAGAAUAUACAAGAAUAACCAUCUUGAUUUUGAGUUGACAAAAGAUCAAGUUGAGCGUCUUAGAAAACGAGAGAGAUUUUACAGAUGGGUUAAUCCUAAAGAAGAAUUUGGUCGUGAUCUUCAUGGUGAUGGCUGGUAA